AUGGCUAGUAAACCUUUUGUGGAGUCAAUUUUACAGUUAAUCAACACAUUCUUCAUCAUAUGUGGAUUAUGGACAUUGGGUUAUGGAAUAAUUUGUUUAUUGAAGUGGAAGCAAAACCCAUUGAAGGAUCCAAUUCCUAAUAGCAAUAAUGCCAAAUUGAUGAUUGUUCAUCGCCUAUUGCUUUCUGUUGAACUUUCAAAACCCUCUUUUCAUUUACUUCCUAAGGCUUGGUUUAUCUACCUCCUAAUCGGAAUUGGUGGAAUACUCCUCAUUAUCUCUUGUAGUGGAUUUUAUUGUGUGUUCUUGGCUCUACUUGUCAUAGUUGAGCUGUGGAGUGCAGCUUUCAUAUUCUUCACACACAAUUGGGAAAAGGUUAUUCCAAAAGAUACAAGUGGUAGAUUUAUCUCAGUUUAUGGCUUCAUGAAUGUCCAUUGGAGUGUCCUCAGAUGGAUUGGUCUUGGUGUUUUUGUAUUACAGGUGAUCCCUAUGCUUCUAGCAUUAUAUUUGAGAUCAGUGUUCAAGCGUGAUGAUAAUAUUAAUGAUAAUGAACGCAUUGUGCAUCUUCCUCGUGUUAGACCAUCCAAUAAUAAUUACAGGAUUCAUGAAAUUCCAAUAGUACACUCCCCCCUUGUUCCUUGCUCACGCUCUGCGCAAUUGGACAUCUCCUUGGAGAAAAGCUCGGACUUCCACAAAAGCUCAAAGGUCAGCACCGAAGAUAACAACUCGGCGUCGACUCCCAGGGACCGAGCUCUCCCAUCAGGUACACUCCCCCUUGUUCUUUGUUCACGCUCUGCGCAAUUGGACAUCUCCUUGGAGAAAAGCUCGGACUUCCACAAAAACUCAAAGGUCGACACCGAAGAUAACAACUCGGCGUCGACUCCCAAAAACUGA